AUGGGAGAACAACCAGGUCUAUCAGAGAAGGAAAUUGACGCGGAGAAUACCAUUAAGGACUCGACCGUUACCACCAUGAAAAAAUGCGGUAACCAACAAAACGCUGAAGGAGACCAACAAAAGACGACGGGAGCGGACUCCAGCUCUGACGAAUGGCAGCACCUUGAUAAUACUGUCCCAGACGAGGCAUUUUCUUCGCUUGGUUGUCCUGUGAACAAAGACCUAGAGGACACUGUGCCAGAUGACUCCCCGAAAAGCUUGGUGGAAGGAAAUACCACUACGGGUAACACGCCAACAUGCGGCGAUACUGAAACCAAGAAGACGGGCGAUACAACAAAGGAAGGAAGCCAACUAGGCGAUGACGAAGCCUUUUUUUUCCAUGUUGACGAGGGUGAGCCACCAGCCACAAGUUUUUCUAGCGAAAACAAAGACGUCGACAAGGGCAAUUCAAGCCCCAAUCACGAAGGACUUGACGAAGAGGUGAACUUACUUGAUAGCGAAGAAAAGUGGACCAAUGCAGAAGAAGACAGCGAAACUCACGAACCCGAAAACAACAACGUCGACGACAACCAAGUCGAUGAAGAAAUAGCCGAAGAGACGAACGAUAACGGAUUCCAACAUAACAGUGAGGAGGAGAGUAGCGAUAUUCAAAAUAACGGGAAUAACGGUGAAGAAGACAAUAGCCAGUGCGAUGAAGAUGACGAAGAUACCAAAUCUGUCUCUAGCACAGAUAGCAACUACUUCCUCAAAACAUGGAGGUAUUUACCAGAAGACGAAGACAUUGCUGCUGGGAAUGAGAUGGACCUGAAGUUUGAUGACCAAGCCAUUGAAGAUCUUGAAGCCAACGUGGACGAUAUGGACGAUGAAUCACCCUCCCGCUUGGAAUGGCUUAGACAGAAACGGCUGCUAGCUGGGCUGCAGCUAUCCAAGAAUGAACAGCGCCUUGAACGGUUGAUGGAUCGCGUCAUGUGUCUAAUUGGUCAGGAGAAUGUCAAGGCUCAAUUUUUGGCCCUCAAAGCCAGGAUCGAAGCAGAUAAAUCGCGGGGCGAAGACUUCAAGAAUGCCCAUCAUGACAUUAUAAUUACUGGAAGCAUAGGAGCCGGUCAGUGUAUCUCCGGAAUUGCGUGA